AGAACCGUUAGCUGCACGCGAUUACACACAAUCGGUCCGCCACCUUUAGUCAUGGUGUGAACAAUUGGAAAAAUCUUCGGAAACAGCUCUAUUCGCUGGCUGGUUAGAGCAAGUAAAAAGCCGCCAGCGGCCGGCGAUUGCUAGUCGAUAGAAUUGAAUAAAAACCAUCGUCGGUAAGCAGCAAGUCAUCAUUCACCACCAAUCAACCGGACCAACUUCACCGUCGUAGAGCAUCAAACAUGAAGGCUUUCGCAGUACUAUCUAUGGCCUUAGCUGUUGCCUCCUGUGCAGCGGUCGACGAUUCAGGCAGCAAGAAAGAAAAGCGUGGUCUGUGGGAGCUAGAUUCAGGCAACGAUCAUUACGAGCAAAAGCCCAUAAUCCAAACCAUAACGAAGAACGUUCCUGUCCCGUACCCAGUGGAGGUUGAAAAGCACGUCCCGGUUCCGGUGAAAGUUCCAUACCCGGUGGAAGUCGAGAAGAAAGUCCCCGUCUAUAUCGAGAAGAAGGUUCCAGUUUACAUCGAAAAGAAAGUCCCUGUACACAUUGACCGCCCCGUUCCCUACCCAGUGAAAGUGAAAGUCCCCGUUGUCCAGAAGGAAUACGUCGCAGUACCAAAGCCCUAUCCGGUUCAUGUUGAGAAGCCCGUUCCAGUGUACGUGAAAAAGCCAGUGUACAUCGAAAAAUAUGUUCCAGUGUCCGUCCAGGUUAAGAAGCCUAAAAAGUCCUUCCAUUUGUUUUAG